AUGGAUGAUAAAUCAGAUGAUUCGUGUAUCAGUAUGACUGUGAGUGUAGAAGAACAAGAAUCUAUUCAACCAACAACAUCUAUUCGAUCAACGACAAUUUCAAAUUCCAAAAAAAGAGAAAAGAAAGGUGUUUUUAAAAAGGAUUGGACAUUACAUAAAGAAUUUUCAUCGUGGUUACAGGCAGUGAAAAAUGAUUGCAAACAAGCUCGUUGUAAAGCUUGUCUAAGAACUUUUAGCAUUCGUGAAGGAAAAUCAGCUUUAAGAAAGCAUAUGAAUAGUGAAAUUCAUAAAACACAUAUGAAAACUUUUGGAAAUAAUAUAUUAAUAACACAUACUUCAUUCGGUGAAGUACAAAAGGUUUCAGCUAUGGAGGGCACAUUUGUUUAUCAUGGAGUAAAGCAUGGACAUAGCUACAUUUCUCAACAAUGUACAACAAAUCUAAUAAAAGAUUUAUUUGCAUCAUGUUCCAACACUGCUAAAAAUUUAGCAUGUGCAAGAACAAAAUCAAGAGCUGUUGCUUGUAAUGUACUUGCCCCUUAUUUCACAUCCAAAUUAAUCGAUGAAAUAAUACAAUCUCGAUUUUAUUCAAUAUCAUUCGAUGCCUCAAAUAAAGGCAAUAUAAAAACAUAUCCAUUUGCCGUACAAUACUUUACUGAUAUUGGAGUUAAAAGAGGUAAAGAAAUAUUUCAUAAUUCAAAGUUAAUUUUUUUUCAUAUAGGAAUUCUUCAAUUUGUUGAUGAUCCACAUGAAUCAGCAAAUGAUAUUUAUAAUAAUAUAAUUAACGUGAUGGAAAAUUAUCAAUUGAAUAUUCGAAAUUUAACAAGUAUUGGUGCAGACAAUGCUAAUGUAAACUUUGGUGAACAUCAUUCGGUGUUUAAGUUAUUUAAAGAUAUUUGUCCAUGUUUAGUAAAAGGAAAUUGUUUUGCACAUGUUCUACAUAAUGGAGUGAAACAUGCACAUGAUGAUUUAUUGAUUGAUAUUGAAUCCAUUCUAUAAAAUAUGUUGGUUGAUGUUCAACGAGCUGAGUUAAAACUUCAACGUGUUUCUACCACCGCCGUUGAUCUUUUUGGUAUUAUUACAAACUUGAUUAAAAAAUUAGAACAACGAUUAAAUGAUAAAUAUUUUGGAAAUAAAACACAAUUAAUAUUAAAUCAUCUAAAACAGUUCGAUGAAGAAAGAAGUAAACAAUUGCUCGAAUCAUUUCAAUCAUUUAUUGAAUCAUUUAUUGAAUAUAUUAAUUCUUAUUUUGAUCAUGAUAGAGAAUUUUUUAGACGAUUAUCAGCUUUUGAUUGUGAAUCAAAUGAUUUUCUGAAAUGGGAUUAUUUAAUCGAUCUAAUUAAUUUAUUACAAAUCGAUGGUUUAGAUAGAGACGAACUCUAUAAUGAAUAUUGCGAAAUAAAAUUUAUGUAUGAUGCAAUGAAAAAUAAAAAUGUCAAACUAAAUGAACAAAUAAAAUUAUACAUUUCAAGUAAAAAUGUUUAUAAUUCAAAAUCAAUAAGUAAUAAUGAUCGAAUUCCAUGUGAUGUUAGCAAUGAUGAUACUGAUGUUACAUUAAAUAAUAGUGCAAGUACAAAAGCAAAUGAAUGCAUUCGAUCUGAUCAGCUAUGGUCAUAUUUAUUAAAUAUUAAACCAAAUUCAGCACCAAAUAUGAAAUUACUUGUUGCUUAUGUAUUUUCUAUUCCAUGCAGCAAUUCUUAUGUUGAAUCAAUUUUUAGUCAAAUGAAUCACUUAUGGUCAAACUAUCGAAAUCGAAUGGAUAUACAAUUAAUUGAAGCUGAAUUACAAAUCAGAAUGAAUUCUGAUAUUCAUUGUUCACAUUUUUAUGACUUUCUUUUAACCCAAGAUGAACUAUUGACAAAAAUAGCUACAAAUGAAAAAUUUGUUAGAAAGAAGCGUGUUGAUAAGUGAACUUGAGUGUUUUUUUAAUAAGUGUUUUGCUUUUGAAUUGUAUAUAUAUAUAUAUAUAUAUGUAUAGUAGUCUAUUGCGAGUUGUUUUUCUUGUAUCAACAUUCUCUUCUUGAAAAUGAUGUUUUCCAAUGGUGUUAUAAUUAAUGCAUUUAUUUUAACAUUGAUGAAAUAUAUAUACAGAAAGAAUCAUCAAACUCAGAAGACUUUUAUAUCAGAAAAAAACCAUUUUAAGCAUCAAGAAGCUUAAAAACGACUUUCCGAAUUUUUGUCCGAAUUAGUCAGAUUUUUUUCCGAAUUUUUCCGAAUUGGAGCAUGAAAAUUCCGAUUUCUAAGAUUUUGAUCUGGCAACCCUGGUGUGGGUGUGGGUGUGGGUGUGGGUGUGGGUGGGUGUGGGUGUGGGUGUGGGUGUGGG